UCUUCAUUUGAUCUACUAAAGGAAAUAAAAUUCGGGGAGCCAUUUUAAUACUUAAUUCAAUCAAAGUUUUUUACACAGGUACAAAUGGCAGAUCAGUUGAGCGAGGAGCAAAUUGCCGAGUUUAAAGAGGCCUUCUCUUUGUUCGACAGAGAUGGCGAUGGCAGCAUCACAACAAAGGAGCUGGGAACUGUCAUGCGUUCACUUGGACAGAAUCCAACGGAAGCUGAACUAGCUGAUAUGAUCAAUGACAUCGACACCAGUGGAACGGGUGCCAUCGACUUCCCUGAAUUCCUGAUACUCAUGGCCAGGAAAAUGAAAGAGGGUGACACCGAAGAGGAACUGGUUCAAGCGUUUAAGGUAUUUGACAGAGAUGGCAAUGGGUUUAUAAGUGCUCAAGAACUUAGACAUGUUAUGACUAACCUCGGAGAAAAGCUCACAAAUGAGGAAGUCGAGGAAAUGCUACGCGAAGCGGAUGUCGAUGGUGAUGGAAAGAUCAACUACGAAGAGUUCGUAAAGCUCAUGAUUUCCAAAUAAAUGCUACCUGGAGGGCCUAUAGGUCACACACAUUAAGUUUCCCGUUAUUUAACUAUCCAUUAAUGUUAACG